AUGUCCUUCCCGCAGCUGGGCUACCCGCAGUACCUGAGCGCCAGCCAGGCCGUGUACGGCGGCAGCGACCGGCCGGGGGUGCUGGCGGCCGCCGCCGCCGCUGCCGCCGCCGCCGCCGCCGCCUCGGGCCGUCCAGCGGGCGCCGAGCUGAGCAGCGGCUCCACCGCCGCCGUCACCUCGGUGCUGGGCAUGUACGCGGCCGCGGCCGCCGGGCCCUACAGCACGCCCAACUACAGCGCCUUCCUGCCCUACACCGCCGACCUGAGCCUCUUCUCGCAGAUGGGCUCCCAAUAUGAGCUGAAGGACAACCCUGGGGUCCAUCCAGCUACCUUUGCUGCUCACACCACUCCUGGUUAUUAUCCAUAUGGGCAGUUCCAGUAUGGAGACCCAGGGAGGCCCAAGAACGCCACCCGGGAGAGCACCAGCACCCUCAAGGCCUGGUUGAAUGAGCACCGCAAGAACCCCUACCCGACCAAGGGUGAGAAGAUCAUGCUGGCCAUCAUCACCAAGAUGACCCUCACACAGGUCUCCACCUGGUUCGCCAAUGCCAGGAGGAGGCUCAAGAAGGAGAACAAGGUCACUUGGGGAUCGCGGAGCAAGGACCAAGACGAUGGGAACCUCUUUGGGAGUGACAAUGAGGGGGACCCCGAGAAAAAUGAAGAUGAUGAAGAGAUUGACCUGGAGAGUAUUGACAUAGACAAAAUAGAUGAGAAUGAUGGGGAACAGAGUAAUGAGGAGGAGGAGGAGAAGGUUGAUGUCCUAAGACAAAGAAGUGAAGAGGAGCACCUGGAGAAAGAGAAGGCCUUGCCACUGUCGGGCCCUGAAGGACUUAAACCCAAAGAGGCCCUGGCCCUGGUGAAGGAGGCCUCUGACAACCCAACCCGAAUCCUGAGCCCCAGCAGACAAAACAACCUCCAAGGCCCGCUUCACAACAAACCCAAGAUCUGGUCUUUGGCAGAGACAGCGACCAGCCCAGAUGGGGCCCUCAGCAAGCCCACUCCGCCUUCGCCGCCGGCCCAGGUGAACCACACUUCCCCCCAGCUCCAGCACCCAGCGUUCCUUCCUAGCCAUGGACUUUACACCUGCCAGAUUGGCAAGUUUCACAACUGGACAAAUGGGGCAUUCCUCACUCAGAGUUCCUUAUUAAACGUGAGGUCCUUUUUGGGAGUUAAUCACCACCAUGCUGCCCACCACAACCACCACCUUCAGGCCCAGCAGCAGCCCUCGGUGUUAACAGCUCUCAGCACUGAUAAGCCUUCAGAGAGGACCAGCCCCAAACACAUAGAAAGAGAAAAUGUACCAAGGACUGACUCUCCGCCUCAGCAGUUAAAAUCUCCCUUUCAGCCUGUCCGGGACAACUCUUUGACUCAGCAAGAGGGAACAUCGUGAAUUUUAACAACUCUCCCUUCUGCUUGAUUAAAUGGGGUUGUUGGUUUUUGGUUGUUUUUUUUUUGGUGGAAAAGAAAAUUUCACAGACUGGUCUAAAGGACAAAACAAAAAUUUGGAAAUGAUCUAAAUGACUCCCAUCAAUCU